AUGCACGGCUCCCGAAUACCUCCGCCGCAGAAGGGUUUCCCAUCUCAUUCCACAACUCUUCCGUCCACCUUGUUGUCCGAGAUCAAUGUGAAUGCGCCGGCCGUCUACCAUGAUUUCACCUACUUGGCCGAUGAGUUGGUCAAUAGAACUCCAACAGGGGCAUCGGUCGCAGAGCCGGACUCAGUCAUCGGAGAAUCUGGGAGAUUGUACCAUGGGUAUAAAGAGGGGAAGUAUUUCUUCCCGAACGACGCAGCGGAACAAGACCGUUUGGACUUCCAACACACAUCUAUCACGUUGCUCUUAGACGGAAAGUUGACUUGGGCUCCCAUGACCAAAGCUCCUAAAUACGUUAUGGAUGUCGCCACAGGCACUGGAAUAUGGGCGAUAGAAUUCGCCAACCAAAACCCGAGCUCGCAGGUAGUUGGGACGGAUCUAAGCAAGAUCCAACCGGAAAACGCUCCCGCUAACUGCACAUUCGAAAAGGAGGACUCGGAAGAAGAAUGGCUCUACAGCCACAAGUUCGAUUACGUCCAUCUUCGCGCUGUGUUCUCUUGCUUUGAUAACCCCAAAAUGGUUAUGAGGCAUGCCUUCCAGAAUCUUAACCCCGGGGGCUGGAUCGAGUACCACGACGGGUGUCCCACAAUCCAGGGUCUCAAUGGCUGUCUGAAAGGCGAGUACCUUCUGCAGAGGUGGUCUAAACUUAUCCAAGAGGGAGCAAAGGCGCUUGGACGAGAUAUAGACGUGGUCAAACACUACAAACGAUGGCUCAUUGAGACUGGAUUUGUGGAUGUCGAAGAAAAGAAGCUCAUGUGGCCACUCAACCCUUGGCCAAGAGGCCGAAACCUCAACAUGGUCGGGCGCUACCAGCAAAUCAACUUUUCCGAAGCUGUCCGACCUGUCGGCUGGAAAUUAUUACGCGGUGCUGGUUUAUCCCCAGAAGAAGUUGAGAAAUUGACUUCUGAAGCCAAAAGAGAAAUUCCAGACCAACGAAUCAGAGCCUUCAUCUCCUUUUACGUCGUGUAUGGACGGAAGCCAUUUGAGGGAGAACGGAAAGGACCGGUAUUUGGAGAGGAGGACAGGGAGCCAAAAUUGGAUGAUAAUGAUGAUGCAGUUGAUGACCCCUUCACGGCGAAGGUUGAGGAAUACUGGAACAGAGAUCAGAUAUAG